GUCUUCAGUUCGUGAUGGAAUCGCUUCUUAAAAACCUCGAAGAACAUGUAACAUGUUCGAUUUGCCUGGAUACUUACACCAAACCCAAGACUAUUGCCUGUCUUCAUACGUUCUGCUGUGAAUGCCUGGAGAGACAUGCUCUAACGAGACAAAAACAAGGGCUUUAUCCAUGCCCCGAGUGUCAGGCAGAAAUUCGUAUCCCCGAAGGAAAGCGUUUUGAUAAUCUGCCAAGCAGUUUUCCGCACAACAGUUUGUUGAGUCUUCUGGCCGUUCGACGCAGUGACGAAGGAAAUGAGAUCAGCUGUAGUACAUGCCAGAGGAAGAGCGCUGAGAUCAACUACUGUUUUGAAUGCGAGAAGUUUAUGUGCCCCGACUGUGUGAAAGCACACGAAGUGUUUCGAGAUACUAUGUUUGAGGGGCACAAAUUCACACCAGUGCGACAGUUUGAAGCGGCAGACUACGAGGCCCUGUUGAAAAGGCAAUCAUUUUGCUCCGUUAAGUAUCACGAGAAAGAAGUAACAAAGUUUUUCUGCGUGGAUUGUCAAUGCUGUGUUUGUCAAAUAUGCAUCGCCACAGAUCACAAAAGCCAUGAUGUUAUUCCGCUUGAAAAGGCGGCGCAUAAUGAAAAAGCAAACAUCAUCAUCAGAGCCGAGCUUAUUAAGCGGAAGAAAGAGGUCUGUGGAGAUAUUAUUCGUGAAUUUGAGAAGACAGAACUUGAGUUGGAAGCCAACAUUACCACCGCUAAACUCCAAGUUUCCCAAGUAGUCGAACAGAUGAUAAGUAAGCUUCGCCAGUUGGAAAGUGAAUUCAUUACUGCCUUCGAGAAGUCUCGCGUGUCGAGGAUUGAGAAAUUGCUUUCUGGAAAAGUAUGGGUUGUCUCUUUAGAAAAGCAACUUGACCAAGCAUUUGAGUUCAGUAACAAUCUAGUGGAGAGAAGCUCGAGCUCAGACAUAAUGCAAAACAAGAAGAAUAUGGAAGAACGAAUAGAAGACCUCAUUAAGACCACAAUGCCAGCACUUCCGGUUAGCUCUUUAGUGGAGUUUGUGUCGACAUGUCAACCAGAGAGUUUGAGUCUUGGAUUUACGAAAUUCUGCGAAACAGAUAUACAAGGAUCGACCGUGCAAGUACGGGAUCAGAAUUUCCAAGCUGGUGUAGAGGCAGAACUAUUGAUUUGUCCCAAAUCAAGCGAAGGAGAAACCAGAAACAGUCAGCACACAGAUCGUGUUGAAGUACACAUAGAACCUGCGUAUCGGGUGAGCAAUUUGCUGACAAGUGAAAAAGAAGACUAUGAGUUUAGAGUAAAAUUUGUAGCGAAACUACCUGGUACUUAUGAAAUGGAUGUUAAGAUAAAUGGACAGAAACUUGCCAAGAGUCCAUUUUUGAUUCCAGUUAAAGCACGACAGUUACACUUUGUUGGCAAGGUAGACUUUCAGGGAAAAGUGUCCCAGGGUCCAGCCGGGAUUGCAGUAAACAGUAAAGGUGUUAUGACUGUGGCUGGGUGUAAAGGUCACUGUAUCCUGGUAUUUGAUGAGGCAGGAAAUUUAAGACGAAAACUUGGUUGUCAUGGAGACAAGGAUGGGCAAUUUAAUCAACCAAUCGACGUCACAUUCAUAAACGAUGACGAGGUUCUGGUGGCAGAUUUAGGUAAUCACCGAAUACAGCAGUUGAAUGUACAAACAGGGAAGUUUGUGAGAAGCUUUGGAAAAAAGGCGGAAGUGCAGAUGAAGAGUUGAAGAAUCCUGCAAGUGUUUGUAUUACAACUGAUAUUAUAACAUAACC